CCGUCCCCAACGCCAGCUUUUCCGUCGUCUUCCCCACCUCGUCACGCUCGUCACCGGCGCCGGCGUGGGCCAAACUCUUGGAGAGUUGGAGGGGCUCGAGCUCGGACUCCGGCACGGAUGGGAGGAACCAGUCGUCUCUAAUCUUGCGAAGCAGCAGCAACUGAUUGUGCAUAGAUAUAGCUUGUGUGUUAAUUGCAGCUCGCUAAUUUCUUCCCUAGUUUCUUCGUUCUCUCCCAUCAAUUAGUUGCGUAAUGUGAUUUCUUUCUUCUUCGUUCUGACUUCUGAGGAGCACGCUUGGUAGUUUAUCAAUGAAAACAGUAGAUUCCUCUGUCAGUUUUCUCAAUGCAUUUGUUUGGGAAGAUUAACAAUUUUUUGCUGAUUAUGGCAUGGAAGAGAUUAGCUCUGCAGUUCUGCCUGGUGCUGAGGUCGCACGUCUGCGGGAUUAGAUAUGGCCUUCGUUCCCGAUGUGGCCCGGGUUCGCGAAGGUGGCCGCUCGCCGGCUACGUCGAGGUGGAAGACGCUGGAAAUUUCUUCUCCGAGUUGCCCAACGAUUCUGCGGUGUGGAGGGCGGCCGCGACGUCUGCGGCUGGCCCCGCCUCGUGCGUCUCGGCUCGCCCGUUUCGAUCGGCUGCUGCUUUGCGAGAUUACAAGACGACUGGUUCCUGACAUCCACACCGGAAUCUGAGCUCGAGCCCCUCUAGAGCGCAGCCCACGCCGGCGCCGGUGACGAGCGUGACGAGGUGGAGAAGACGACGGAAAAGCUGGCGUUGGGGACGGACGGACGGAUCGGCGACGGAGUGGCACGGAAUAAAGGAAUUCGCUAUCUCAGUGACAAAAUCUGAAAGGAAUGUGUAUUGAGUGGCUUGCCCUGAAAGGCCUGCGAAUUGGAUGUCAAAUAAUGAAAUUUCUCGGUUCUCUCUCUCUCCCACUCUCGCCGUCGCUCUCCGCCAUUCUCCACCGCCCACCCACACCGGAGGUCGCCCACCACCGGGGCCUCACCUCCUCCUCCUCCCCCUCGUCAUCAAGCAGAGGGGGUGAUCGGGGUCGCCGCGAUGGAUCCUUUGGAAUCUGAAGGUGGCUCACAGAAAUCCAACAAUAAGCCCAAAUAUUCUAAGUUUACGCAACAGGAGCUUCCAGCAUGCAAGCCACUACUAACUCCUGGAAUUGUGGUUGCUACCUUCUUGCUGAUUGGUAUCAUAUUUGUCCCAAUUGGGCUCGCGUCUCUAUCUGCAUCGCAAGAGAUCGUCGAACUGGUGGAUCGAUAUGACACAAAUUGUGUGUCCACGCUUGACAAGGUUGGGUUCAUUCAGAACACCGAUACUGACAAGACAUGCACAAGAACACUGACUGUGCCUAAACAUAUGAAGAGCCCAAUCCAGAUAUAUUACCAGAUCGGCGACUUCUAUCAAAACCAUCGACGGUAUGUGAAAAGUCGAAGUGAUAAACAAUUGCGGUAUAAGAAUGCUGUGCACUUGACAAAGGAUUGUGAUCCUGAAGGUAAUACUGUUGAUGGUGCUCCAAUUAUUCCAUGUGGCCUUAUUGCUUGGAGCUUGUUCAAUGAUACAUAUACAAUUUCGGUGAACAAGAAGGCCAUUGAAGUGAAUAAAAAGGAUAUAGCUUGGAAGAGUGACAAGACCGAUAAAUUUGGCAGUGAUAUUUACCCAAGUAAUUUUCAGAAGGGCAGUCUAAUAGGCGGUGCUAAACUAAAUGAGAGCAUACCUUUAAGUGAGCAAGAAGACCUCAUUGUUUGGAUGAGAACCGCUGCCCUCCCAACUUUCAGAAAGCUUUAUGGCAGAAUCGAGACAGAUAUUAUGGCAAAUGAUCAAUUAACAGUGGUUAUACAGAAUAACUAUAACACAUAUAGUUUUGGAGGGUCUAAAGCGUUGGUCCUUUCAACUACUUCUUGGAUUGGAGGCAAAAACAACUUCAUUGGUGUUGCAUAUCUGACUAUCGGAGGCCUAUGCAUUUUCCUUGCAGUGGGCUUCGUAGUUCUUCUCUACAUGGUUAAACCAAGGACUCUUGGAGACCCCUCGUACUUGUCAUGGAAUAGAGAUACUCCAGACCGUCCAAACUAAUAGAUUGGAAUCUCUUUUCUGAUAUAUAAAUUUAAUAAAGGAUCAUUUCAAUGGGUAAAAUGUGAAAUUCCUUUACCUGAAUCUAUGGAUGAUGUUAUGAUUCCUAUCUAACGUGUUUGUGAUAGCCCGAUAGGUCCAUAGGCAUGAGAAUACAUGAGACAGUGUACUCUGUUGACUCCAAUUUUACUUGACAAGAACAGGAGUUGUUCAACUUAUUUCUGACUAUAAA